AUGACGGCCGCCGGAUCCUUCGGUCAGCAAUUCGCCUCCACGGCAAGCAAGUUUACAGACUCCACCUUACAUUUGCAUCGGAAAGUUAAGGUUGGCAUCCUUGGCGCUACCGGCGCUGUCGGCCAACGUUUUGUUUCGCUUCUUCAUGGGCAUCCAUACUUCCGCGUCGCCGCCGUGGGAGCGAGUGACCAGUCGGCUGGGAAGGCCUAUGGCGACGUCGUGGCUUGGCGCCUAGACGCUGAGACACCUCUGCCCGACGAAAUUCGAGGCAUGACAGUCAUCAGAUGCGUGCCUGACCUCUUCAAGGAAAAAGGAUGCGGCAUCAUCUUUUCGGCCUUGGACGUCACCGCUGCAGACGAACUGGAGAGUGUGUUUGCGGCAAGUGGGUUCAUGGUGUUCAGCAACGCGAAAUCCCACCGGAUGGAUGCCGACGUGCCCAUUUUGCUGCCAUACGUGAACGCCCCUUUGUUGGAAGUCGUCAGGAGUCAGCCUCACUAUUCCAAAACUGGAGGCGCCAUUGUCACUAACGCCAACUGUGCCAGCACGGGGAUUUCUGUCGCACUAAAGCCGUUGUGGGAUAAGUGGGGUAUCGCGCGUCUCACGAUUGCCACGCUCCAGGCUAUCUCAGGAGCCGGUUUCCCGGGAAUGAGUGCAAUGGACAUGGUUGACAAUGUCAUUCCCCAUAUCGCUGGAGAGGAAGAGAAGCUAGAACGCGAACCACAGAAGAUUCUUGGUACCCUCUCCGAUGGGUGUACACGCAUCAACUCUGCUACUUUCGAAACCGUUGCGAUGUGCCACCGGGUACCCGUCACCGAUGGACACAUCGCGACGAUCGUCACUGUCAUGUGCUACUGUUUCAGGACCUAUUUAGACGCUGAUAAAGCGUGUGUCAACUUUUGUUCUCGUAUGCAGGUCACUGUCGACUUCCCUCCCGGUACCUUCCCCGAUUCAGCAGAUUCAGAUACUGUCUCGGCACAGGUCUCAGGCGCCCUCCGUGGCUUUCGACCACCGCCCAUCGUUGCAGAUUUACCGUCUUGUCCGGACGAGGUCAUUUUUGUUUGCGAGCAUCCACACCGGCCACAACCUCGCAUUGAUAGAUUGCGGGGAGAAGGAAUGACAGUAUCUGUUGGCCCUGUCAAGGCGAAAUUUGUUGCCCUUUCCUCAACUUGGACAGCGAAGUUCACGACGCUUGUUCACAACACUCUACUAGGCGCGGCAGGCUGUUCGAUUCUGAACGCGGAACUGGCGCUGAAAAGCGGUCUGGUUUUGUCUCCGGACGGGACGAGUCGGGUUCUCGAACCGCCGGCAGCGGCCGCGAUGAACACUCGACAGGUCCUCCAAGAAAACGACAGAGGUGUGAAGGAACCAUCUGAUUCCGUCUUGCUUGCGAGUAACUGA